CCACUACGAAAGCUACUGUCUGAAGUGGCGGGGUCUGCACUACAUUUCCCAGGAGUCUGUUCGCGGCGGUGGAUCACGUGACCGGAGCGCGGGCUUUGGAAGGCGGCGAGGCUGGAGAAGGCUUUGGUUCUGCAUCAGAAGCGCGGGCUCGGGACUGUCCUGAGGACGCUGGGGACACCGGACCGCCACUAGUUGCCGACGCUUCGGGCAGUGGAGGUAGGGUGAAGCCUUGCGGGAGCGACUCUGAAAGCGGCGAGUAUCGCGGGAGCAGCACCAGGCGGCCCGGGCCUUGGACCUUUCGCGCUGCUCUGAGCCUCUCUCUUCACCGCCAUCGCUCCUGUGUUACCAUGGGAAUUCAAGGCCUUGCCAAACUAAUUGCUGAUGUGGCUCCCAGUGCCAUCCGGGAGAAUGACAUCAAGAGCUACUUUGGCCGCAAGGUAGCCAUUGAUGCCUCCAUGAGCAUUUACCAGUUCCUGAUUGCUGUUCGUCAGGGUGGGGAUGUGCUGCAGAACGAGGAGGGGGAGACCACCAGCCACCUGAUGGGGAUGUUCUACCGCACCAUCCGCAUGAUGGAGAACGGCAUCAAGCCCGUCUACGUCUUCGAUGGCAAACCACCACAGCUGAAGUCAGGUGAGCUGGCCAAACGAAGUGAGAGGCGCGCCGAGGCCGAGAAGCAGCUGCAGCAGGCCCAGGAGGCUGGGGUAGAGGAAGAGGUGGAAAAGUUCACCAAGCGGCUGGUGAAGGUCACCAAGCAACACAAUGAUGAGUGCAAACACCUGCUGAGUCUCAUGGGCAUCCCGUACCUUGAUGCACCCAGUGAGGCGGAGGCCAGCUGCGCUGCCCUGGUGAAGGCUGGCAAAGUCUAUGCCGCAGCCACGGAGGACAUGGACUGCCUCACUUUUGGCAGCCCCGUACUAAUGCGACAUCUGACUGCCAGUGAGGCCAAGAAGCUGCCCAUUCAGGAGUUCCACCUGAGCCGAGUCCUGCAGGAGCUGGGUCUGAAUCAGGAGCAGUUUGUAGACCUGUGCAUCCUGCUGGGUAGUGACUACUGCGAGAGUAUCCGGGGCAUUGGGCCCAAGCGGGCCGUGGACCUCAUCCAGAAGCAUAAGAGCAUUGAGGAGAUCGUGCGGCGGCUGGAUCCCAACAAGUACCCUGUUCCAGAAAACUGGCUCCACAAGGAAGCUCAGCAGCUCUUCCUGGAGCCUGAGGUGCUGGACCCCGAGUCUGUGGAGCUGAAGUGGAGCGAGCCAAAUGAAGAGGAGUUGGUCAAAUUCAUGUGUGGGGAAAAGCAGUUUUCUGAGGAGCGAAUUCGCAGUGGGGUCAAGCGACUGAGUAAGAGCCGCCAGGGCAGCACCCAGGGCCGCCUAGAUGAUUUCUUCAAGGUGACCGGCUCACUCUCCUCAGCUAAGCGCAAGGAGCCAGAACCCAAGGGGCCUGCCAAGAAGAAAGCAAAGACUGGGGGAGCUGGGAAGUUCAAGAGGGGAAAAUAAACGUGUCCUCCCUCCAUUGUCCCCGGACCGGAUGUCUGCUUCGUACCCUCAGUGCUCGCUCCUCUUCUGAAGAGAGGCCGCUUCUUCCCAGAACUGCCUUCAGAGCCUCCCCUUUCUUACUUGACGUUGCGGCAGGAAGGCACAGCUUUGCUUGUCCUCAUUUUUAGCUCAGGAAUGAUGUCAGGCUCAAACCACUUCUCAGGCAGGUUAUCGGACACUGCACCCAUUGUGCUGUGAAACUGAAAGCAACACUUUCGAAAGAAGCAGAUAAAGAUGGUCUGGGGUGGGAGUGUGGGAGAGAAUUCCCUGGCUGGCCGCUGUGGGUGGGGUGACUGUAGACCUUGACUGUUCUUCAGCCCCCAGCCCAGGCUUAGCUGUGAGGAGAAGGGGCAAGCAGCCAGGAGUCGGCUGACAGCGGCCUCGAUUACUGACUGCCUUGUCUUGUGGGUCUCCAGGGCUUUUUCAGGGCAGGGAAGGGGCAGUGUUGGAGGUUUGGGUUUGUAGUUUUGUUUUUGUCCCGUUCCUCUCCAGUGCUGGGAACUGAACCCAGGGCAAGGCAAGCAAGCACGCAUACCACUGACUGUAACCCUGAGAGACACUGCUGAUGGCCUUUCUGAGGCAAUCAAUUGAAUUGAGGUUUUGGGAGAAGCAGCUAUUGUUCAUGUGCUAUUUCUAUUUUAAUAGAUGUGAAGAGAAAAAAAAUCAAUAAAAUUAUAAAAGUGA